CGCUUGCUCAUCGUCCAACGGCCCGAACAACUAUCAACAAUUUAGCGACCUGUCGCAGUCUCACCGCACAACAACACAACCCUUUUUGAUAUCUGUGGACGAAACGAAAGUAAAACCGCCUCGAUCAAUUCGCAAAUAUGGGUGAACCAUACGACGACUACGAAGAGGAGUUCGACCCGUCGACCGUCGACUUCUCCGACAUUGAAGAGCGCUUCAAGGUCGAGCUUCCUAGCGGCUUCGAGACCGUUGUAGUGGUGGACAAUGUUCCCGUUGUUGGAGAGGCUAAGCGCGAGAAGCUCUUGGCUGUCAUCAAGAGGGUCUUCAAGAAUCUGUCCAUCAAGGACAACGGGCUUCACAUGCCCAUGGACAGCAAGACCGGGGAGUCCAAGGGAUACGUCUUUAUCGACUUUGAGACCGCCGAGCAUGCCGCUCUCGCCAUCAAGCAAGGAAACGGUCACAAGUUGGACAAAAAUCACGUUCUUGCUGUCAACCACUUCGACGACAUUGGCCGAUACACCAGCAUGAACGAUGCCUACGAGGAGCCCGUCGAGCAACCUUUCGUUGAGAAGGAGCACUUGAAGAGCUGGUUGACUGACCCUCGUGCUCGCGACCAAUGGGUCAUGAUGAAGGGCGAUGACGUUUCCAUUUACUGGAACAACAAGGGAGAUGCACCGGAUUUGGACCACAGCCGAGAGCACUGGUCCGACAUGUAUGUGUCCUGGUCACCCAAGGGUACAUACCUUGCCACCUUCCACAAGCAGGGUAUCGUCUUGUGGGGAGGACCCACCUGGGGAAGGAUCAACAAAUUUGAGCAUCACAAUGUGAAGCUCAUCGACUUCAGCCCCAACGAGAAGUAUGUCACCACCUGGAGUCACGAGCCUUUCAUCACCCCAGAAGGAGAAUCACACCACCUUGCCAUCUGGGAUAUCACAACGGGUCUGAAACUCCGAACCUUCCCCAUUGAAGCCCCCGCUGCGUCGGGUGCUCAGGGAACGGUCAAAUUCGACUGGCCCAUCUUCAAGUGGUCGUUCGAUGACAAAUACGUUGCACGACAAGCACCCGGCAUGAUCCAGGUUUACGAGACCCCUGGUAUGGGACUCCUCGACAGGAAAAGUAUCAAAGUCGAGGAUGUCAAAACCUUCGCAUGGUCGCCGUCGGACCAUCUGAUUAGCUACUGGACUCCGGAAAGUGGCAAUAUACCUGCUCGUGUCACGCUCCUGAAGAUUCCCAGCCGUGAGGUUCUCCGAACAAAGAACUUGUUCAACGUUAUAGAUUGCAAACUGUUCUGGCAGCCAGCGGGAGACUACCUGCUCGUCAGCGUAGAAAGGAUCAAGACGAAGAAGUCCACAAUGACCAACUUCGAAAUCUUCCGGCUCCGCGAAAAGGACGUUCCAGUUGAUGUGAUGGAGCUCGAUGCUGGACUCGAGGUCGUCAACAUCUUCUGGGAGCCCGUUGGUGCUCGUUUCGGAUUGAUCGCACAAGAGGGUACUGCCGGCGUAUGCCACCUGUAUCAGAUGGUCUCCGCCAACGCUGCUCCGGCCGCCGUCUCCGUUAAGCUUCUCAAGGCUUUCGAAGCCAAGGGCAUCAACCAGAUCAUUUGGUCGCCCAAGGGCCGAUUCGCCGUACUGGCUGGUGUCCGUGCGUUUGCGGGUGAACUUCAGUUCUGGGACGUUGAUGAACUCGUCUGCAUGAACACUGGCGAGCACUACAUGUGCACGGAUGUCGAAUGGGACCCCACCGGUCGUUACGUUGUCAGUUCCGUCUCCUGGUGGCGCGUCCAGUCAGACACCGGUUUCAUCUCGUGGAGCUUCACUGGAGCACAAAUCACCAAGCAGACCGUGCCAUACUUCAAGCAAUUCCUGUGGCGCCCUCGCCCCCCGACACUCCUCUCCGACGAACAGCAGAAGAAGAUCAAGAAGAACCUCAAGGAGUACUCCAAGGUCUUCGACGAGGAGGACGCUGCCCAGUCCAAGGCCGUUUCCCGCGAAGUGCUCGAGCGCCGCAUCAAGCUCUGGACCGAAUGGUCCGAGUACCGCGAACGUGUGCAGAAGGACUACGACGCUGCGCACGAGGCCCGCGUCCAGCUCUGCGCUUACGACCCCGAUGCCAAGGACGAAGGGCAGAGCGAGAGCGUCGAGGAGUGGGUGGAGGAUGUGAUCGAGGAGACUGAGGAGAUCUUGGCUCGUUAGAUUACUGUAGCGCUAUCAGCUCUAGAAGAGAUACCACUGCCAUACUUGUAGAUAUAUAUUGUCAAGAAACGAAUAACAUUCAGUCGCAUACAGAACGGUCUUCCUGUCUUGCUGUAAAUUGGUUCCUGUCUAUCCGAUAAGCU